GGCGGGGCCGGCCGGCAGCGCGGGUGGGGCGCGGGGCGGGGCCGGGCGGGAGAGCCCGGAGCGCGGCAGAGCCCGGGGCGCGGCCUCUGCACCCUCCAGGCCAGGACAGCGGAGGAGCAGGAGGAGGAGUGCAGGAUCGGGGCCCUGCGCCCGCCCGCAGCGGGCCGGGGGGCCGCCGGAGAGGCCUGGCCGGCGGCGUCCCCUGAGCGCAGCCCAGAGUUGACAGCACGAAACUUUUGCUGCGCCCUUCGGCGGCGCGACCAGAGCCUGCUCCCACCGCGGACCGGGGGGAGCUAGGGGGAGAGAGGCCCGCGGCUCCCCCCACGCUCCCCCGCCGCCCGUCGGGGCGCGGUCGGGCACGGCGGCGGGGCUGGGGCCCCGGGCGAUGGCCGCGGAGCUGGCGAUGGGCGCAGAGCUGCCCAGCAGCCCACUGGCCAUCGAGUACGUCAACGACUUCGACCUGAUGAAGUUCGAGGUGAAGAAGGAGCCGCCCGAGGCCGAGCGCUUCUGCCACCGCCUGCCGCCCGGCUCGCUGUCCUCGACGCCCCUCAGCACGCCCUGCUCCUCGGUGCCCUCUUCGCCCAGCUUCUGCGCACCCAGCCCGGGCACCGGCGGCGGCGCAGGCGGCGGGGGCAGCGCGCCUCAGACCGGGGGCGCCCCGGGGCCGCCGAGUGGAGGCCCCGGCACUGUCGGGGGCGCCUCAGGAAAAGCGGUGCUGGAGGAUCUGUACUGGAUGAGCGGGUACCAGCACCACCUGAACCCCGAAGCGCUCAACCUGACGCCGGAGGACGCGGUGGAGGCGCUCAUCGGCAGCGGCCACCACGGCGCGCACCACGGCGCGCAUCACCCGGCCACUGCUGCGGCCUAUGAGGCCUUCCGGGGCCAGAGCUUCGCGGGCGGCGGCGGUGGCAGCGGCGGGGACGACAUGGGUGCCGGCCACCACCACGGCGCACACCACACUGCCCACCACCACCACUCUGCCCACCACCACCAUCACCACCACCACCACCACCACGGCGGCUCUGGCCACCACGGCGGAGGCGCGGGUCACGGCGGAGGCGGCGCGGGCCACCACGUGCGCUUGGAGGAGCGCUUCUCCGACGACCAGCUGGUGUCCAUGUCCGUGCGGGAGCUGAACCGGCAGCUCCGCGGCUUCAGCAAGGAGGAGGUCAUCCGACUGAAACAGAAGCGGCGCACGCUCAAGAACCGCGGCUACGCGCAGUCGUGCCGCUUCAAGCGGGUGCAGCAGCGGCACAUUCUGGAGAGCGAGAAGUGCCAGCUCCAGAGCCAGGUGGAGCAGCUGAAGCUGGAGGUGGGGCGUCUGGCCAAGGAGCGGGACCUGUACAAGGAGAAAUACGAGAAGUUGGCGGGCCGGGGCGGCCCCGGGGGCGCGGGCGGGGCCGGCUUCCCUCGGGAGCCCUCGCCAGGGCAGGCUGGCCCCGGGGCGGCCAAAGGCGCACCCGACUUCUUUCUGUGAGCUCCGGACCCUCCCUGGGCCUCGCCACCGCCGGGGACUAGUUUGCGCAGGCCGCCCCGGUCUCGGUUCGGACUCUGAGACCCGGGACGCGCGCUCCGGCGGUGCGGCCGCAGCUGUCGGGGUCCUCCCGUCCGCCCUGCGCGCCCCGCCGCGAAGCCCCAGCUCCAGGUACCUACUGCGGUGCGCCUCUCCCGCCGGGUCCCAGUCCGAGCGUCUUCGGGGUCGCCGUCUAGACUUUGCCGGCGUCCCCUCGGCGCCCCGGGAACGGUGAAUACUUAGGGAAGCCCGAGCCAGGUCUGACUUCCUCCGCAGUGUCACCUUGUACAGACGUGGAGCGCACUUCUGCGUCCCAACCUCCGCCCAGCCGCAGCGGGGCCGCGCUGACACCAGCUCCCGGUAGCCUCCGCCGGCCCCGCGUUCCUCCGUCGUCUUUCUUUCUGCCUCCGUUUCCUUGCCCUGUUUUUACUCCUCCUCCAUCUCCUCCUUUUUAAAGCGGUCAUAUUUUCGCAACAUUAAUAUUUAUUUUGCUUGGUAAUUAGAAAACCCAGACAAAUCCCUUGGUCCCUGUGCGCCCUCGGAGGUCGGCGAGUGCCCGCAUGUGCCCUCCUCGCUCAUUCGCUCUGAGGGGUCCGGCCCUGCCUGCCUUCCAGCCCGCUUGUCCCCACCCUGUUCGCGGCUCCCUGUAGAGGAAGCCGAGGAACUUACCUGCGUGUUGGUCCCACUGUCCUGCUAUACUCGACUGGGGGAGGGGGGUGGGGGGUAGCCGUGCUCAGCCGGGUUGGGGCUGGCCCGGACUCCCGCGCUGCUAUUUCUCUAUGCACCAGAUCGUAUUUAUGACUCCUGGGGAAAUAUAUCUUAUUUUAACCUUCCAGAGAAGUGAAAGAAUUUAAAAAGUAAUGCACAGUUCUAGAAGAAAAAAUUUUAAAGAGGAGGCUUAGGCCUGAACCUCCUGGCAUGGGCGGGUUGAAAGGUGUUUUUAUUUAAUUUAAAUUGUGUUUCGUUUGUGGAAUCUUUUUUUAAAGCUUGGUCGCUUUUUUGGACUAGCCGAAAGAGAGGCCCGGUGGAGGGUGUUCUAAGCUGGGCGCGUCUUCACCGGCUGAGAUCUGGUUUUCUGAGGCUUGGCCCCGGUGCUCUGAGGCUUAUUCCGUCUUCUGCUGCUCCCAGGUGGCUCCUGCUGAGCCUUCUGAACAGAUGCUAGACAAAUCGUUGGGAAAAAAAAUUGUGUUGUUGGUUUUUGUUGUGUUCUCUUUUUUUCAUUUGUUACGAAACAGAGGAAAGGAAAAAAAUUAAAAAAAAAUAAAUCUGUUUAGAUCCA